CACUGAUGAGAGGACUGAUCCCACUGCGAGCGAGCGUCACUGACGUCUUCUCUAAAAAACAAAGGCAGCUCGCGGGACACUUGCCAGGGAUGCUGUAGCGUCCUGACAUUGUUUGGAGAUAUACUCGAUAUUAUCUGGAGGAUGGAGGGCCGGGGACUUCUGCCUGCCAUAUGCGCCGCUUGUUUCAUUGGCAUGGUGGUGAGCCAGACCACACUAGCUCCUGCAGUGAUGAACACCACUUUCAUGGAGAAUGUGACUGAUCUGACUGUAACUCCCGUGAUCCUCACCACGUCCCCAGGCUGCUUUGCGUUCAACACUUCUACUUGUGAGCCUUGUGCACCGGGAUCGCAGUACGACAACAACACCCUGCUGUGUGCAUGCUGUGCUGACCCCGGGCUGUGUCUAUUUCCUGGUGCCUGCCUGCCAUGCAACAGAGGCUUCUAUCAACCACUAGCAGGACAGCAGCAGUGUCUGCCCUGCAACCUGGGCUUCUACACAAAUUUUACUGGAAGUCCCUUGUGUAAUCCCUGCCCUACUGGAUCCUUCAACAAUAUCACUGGUGGAGACAGUUGCACAAGUUGUCCAGCAGGUUUCUUUUCCUCGCAGCACAGCUCCACUUCAUGUUCACCAUGUGCACAGGGAAGUUUCUGCAAUUCCUCUGGUUGUAGCCAGUGUCAGAUGUGUCCUGGAGGAACAGAAGCUUUGCAGUCUGCCGCAAGGGGCUGCACGCUGUGUCGGCCAGGCAUGCACAAGCUUCCCCAUCAGACGAUGUGUCAAAUCUGUGGCAGUGGAUUCUACCAGGUCAACUGGGGCAGGGAGAACUGUGAUUUAUGUCCAGAGAAUCACUACUGCCCUAGUCCAGAUGUGAACCCCAUUAAGUGUCCCAGCGAUGCUUUUUGUCCAGAGGGCAGCUUGUCUCCGGGAUACUGCAUGGAGACUUUCUUCCGCAAAGAAGGGGACACGUGUGAACUGUCUCCUGUCACCUUGGCCCUUUUAGUAAUUGGGGGAGGGGUGGCUGUACUCUUCAUCAAUUUUAAUGGUCCAUACGUCACGAGGGACAUUGAUCGCGCGCUCUCGCACUCGUAUCACGAGCUCCACUAUUAG